GUAAAUUAUCGUUGUUACGACGCCCUUUGGAGGAUGUCAUGUUGUGGGUUGGCUUGUUAGGCGAAAGAACCAUGACCUUUGGCCACUUUAAUGAACCUCCUACUAUACAUGGUUUUGAACGCAGCACCCGAUUAUUGGGCUCAUCGUCACCCUAGGUUUCUGACCAACUCAAUGUUCAUUUUUGAUCCCAAUGCUAAUCGAUUACGCUUGAAGGUUUCUACUGAAUACACACGAUUUCCACGUCUCUAUAAUCGUUCGGUCUCUUUGAAAGCCUUUUUGUGGGAUCACAUCCUGCAGGCGCCUGCUGGUCAAGCCUCGAUUCGGAUGUCUCCCCGUUGGUCUCGUUUCACUCCUCAUGCAUAUCGUUUAUUCUACCAAGAUGUCUCUAUUAACAAGUACAAUCUCGGGCUGUCUCCUCGCUGUUCUCUAUGUUGUGUGGCGGAUGACACGUUCCGUCAUUUCGUUAUCGAUUGCCCGAAAAAAUGGGAAGUCUGGCAACAGACUUUAUCUCACUUCUUCCCGCACAAUACUCUUGCACUUUGCUAUCUGCAUGUCCUCCGCUUUAUCACAAAACCAAAAAUUUUCUUCACUAUAAUCGGAACUAUACACUGGCAACUAUGGAAUUUGUAUUGGCAGCAUGGUAACUCUAACCCUCACGUCGCUUCACAGUUUAUGUUAUUAUCGGUUCACACUCGGUCCAUAAAUUUAAUCGAAACUCUCACUACUACCGUUUAACAUUUCGCCACAUUAGACUACAUUUCCGACAUUACGAACUGGCCCAUGUCUUACUCUCAAACAAGAUCAAGCAAGGAAUAACAAAAAAAUAAUCAUCCCCAUUAUUUUCAUUUCAGACACGAAUUUUAGGUCUCCGUUUCAUCGAGUGUCACCGCUCAUUACGACGUGCUAACUCAAAAAAAAAAUAAUUCCUAGACUAGUGGAUUCUUCCGUACAUGCUUCUUCUUGUGCUACAAAGACCACAGAAAUAACGCAUUACUACUACC